AUGGACGCCCAGCGCUACGCAACUCCCUUCGAUGGCUUCAAGUUCAAGGGCAUCAAGGAGUCGGAGAUCAGCCGCGCCAUGACCUCCCGCUACUUCGAGGACCUAAACGUCAAUGCCGAGGUCGAUGUCGUCAUUGUUGGGGCUGGGUCUGCGGGCCUCUCGUGCGCCUAUGAGCUGAGCAAGCACCCGGAUGUCAAGAUCCGCAAGCCAGCCCACAAGCUGCUGGAUGAGCUGAGCAUCCCCUACGAUGAUGAGGGCAACUUUGUGGUGGUCAAGCAUGCCGCCCUGAUGACCUCCACCCUCCUGUCCAAGGUCCUCGCCGCCCCAAACAUCAAGCUCUUCAACGCCACUGCGGCCGAGGACCUGAUUGUCAAGGACAUCCCCGCAAAGGGCGGCCGCCACGUGGCGGGUGCCGUGACCAACUGGACCCUGGUGUCACUCAACCAUGACACCCAGAUGUGCAUGGACCCAAACACCAUCCUGUCCAAGGUCAUGGUGUCUUCCACCGGCCACGACGGCCCCAUGGGCGCCUCAGGUGAAGUGGCCAUCAUCGAGCAGGGCGUCGCACCUGGGGGUGGAGCGUGGCUGGGGGGUCAGCUCUUCUCGGCUAUGUGUAUCCGCAAGCCAGCCCACAAGCUGCUGGAUGAGCUGAGCAUCCCCUACGAUGAUGAGGGCAACUUUGUGGUGGUCAAGCAUGCCGCCCUGAUGACCUCCACCCUCCUGUCCAAGGUCCUCGCCGCCCCAAACAUCAAGCUCUUCAACGCCACUGCGGCCGAGGACCUGAUUGUCAAGGACAUCCCCGCAAAGGGCGGCCGCCACGUGGCGGGUGCCGUGACCAACUGGACCCUGGUGUCACUCAACCAUGACACCCAGAUGUGCAUGGACCCAAACACCAUCCUGUCCAAGGUCAUGGUGUCUUCCACCGGCCACGACGGCCCCAUGGGCGCCUCAGGCGUGAAGCGUCUGGCCAAGCUGGGCAUGAUCGAGAAAGCGCCGGGGAUGGGCGCGCUGGACAUGAAUACCGCUGAGGACGCCGUGGUGGACCGCACGCGCGAGAUCGUCCCCGGCAUGGUCAUCUGCGGCAUGGAAGUGGCCGAGCUGGACGGCUGCCCACGCAUGGGUCCCACCUUUGGCGCAAUGUUCAUCUCGGGGCUCAAGGCAGCCCACUGCGCGCUGGCCAGCCUGAGGAGGCAGCGCGAGGAGGCUGGCGAGGUGCAGGCCGAGACCCCAGAGCAGAAGACUCUGCAGGCGACGCACUGA